AGUCAAACCAAUGGAAUUUGUCUUUCGAAUUUAUGAUGCAUGAUUUAUAAGGUACAGAUUACUACACUUUCAUACCUCCAAUUCAAUGGCUCGUUUUCCUCUACAGUAAGAGACACAAUGUCAUUUGCAUGAUCUAAUGAAAUUAGUCGCAUCUUGUCUUGAGAAAAUCCUCUUUCCCAAUCAUUAAUAUACAUUCAAGCACCUAAUUCAAACCAUAAAUCUUCUUGUUGCUGCAUGUCUCUUGAACUGUUUCUUUGGUUGGUAUCUCUACUUUGAUUAUGACGGAAAUUGAGACAUAUAUACGUAUAUUAUAUGUUUACAGCCAUUCUUCUUAGAUUUGAUUUGCUAGUGGUUAAAUUAGAAAAAGAAAAUUGAGCUAUUUAUCGUCGACAGCAAAGGGUUUGCAUUUAUGAAAAGAAGGACUAAUUUUUUAUCAUGAUUUAGAUAACACAAGUUAAUCAUUGCAUCCUAAGAGAUAACUGAUUAUCUGUUAUGCAAAACUUAAACGAAAAAACGCAUUCAGACAUCCACAUUAGGUUCGGGCUGUGUAUGCGUGCCUUUGUUUAUUGCGUAUCGUCUUUAAUUCUUUGCAAAAUGAACUAUGGCAAUGACAAUCGCGACGUCUUUAUCUGCAGCCGAUUGUUUUGUUGCUUCAACUUGGGCAAUAAGUCAAGACAAGCUGGUGUAUACUUUGCUGGCAUGCUAUUUGCUUUGGGUUGGUGGGUAUUUAUUGAUGGUCUGUCUGUACUUUGGAAUCUGCAGAAUAGACAAAUAGCGCCUGGUAUAGAGGAUUGGGUACCGGGUAUUAUUACGACCUUUGGCAUGAUCAUUGUCAAUUUGAUUGACAAAGAAGCAUUAAAAGGAAACUUGGUUGACGAUGAAUAUAUAUGGAGAGCAAGGCUAUUUCUGUUCUUUGGUUUCGCUAUGAUGGCAGGUGGAUUUUCAGGCUCUGUUGCUGUCUUGGUGACGAAAUAUAUUUAUAAUGACAGCUUAGAUUUCUUCAAUACUUAUUUAGGUAUUACAGAUGUUGUUCAAUGCUUUUUAAUCAUGUUGAGUGCUGGUAUUUUAUGGUUAUCGCAAAGCUCGAAUCAUUCUCAACAGUACUACUUUCAACUCUAAUAAAAUAAUGGAUGUCUGCAUAAAAAUCCAAUACAUUGACUCGGCUUAAAGGAC